CGAAUCAGCAAAUAGAAAACGACCAGUCGAUAUUUGACAACGGUACAGAAAGUACGUGUUUUACAUUUUACAGCGUUCGAAAUAUAAAAACGGUAAUAGAUCUACUAAAAUGCCGAAAAAAUUAAAAGUGGUUGUAAAGUCUCUUUAUUCCCAUGAAAUACGUAAAGAUGUGGGCCUGGAAAACUUGAAAUCGUUGAAACUUGAAGACGCAUGGCCCUUUAUCAGGGAUGAAAUCGAGACUGAAAUCGGCAGCAGCCAGUUGGUUUGCAUCCCCCAUAUUACUGAAGCAGACUUGUAUAAGGUCACAUCAUUGUUUGUGCAAAAUGAAAAAGCAAAAAAUGGCAAAAUGUUUACACCUCUAGGAGAGCUAAUCAAGAACAUCAACAAGGAAAAAUCUAACUCUGAAUACGUUCAAUGGCUCGAAGAGGGAGAUUUUCAAGAUUCCGAAUUCAAAUUUCCACACGAGAGCGUAAAGAUAACUCUUCAAGAUGAAUCUCUUAAAAACAAAGUAAGAGUGAUUAUGGUCAACUUCUCUAAAAAUGUGAUCCCAAAAGACAAAAACUUUAUUAACAAUAUUUAUUUGGACAUUGAUAACAACAAAGAUCUCAAGGGGAAAAAAUCUGUUUUCAUGAUCACAAAUGUCCUGUUAGCAAAAACCAUAGAGUUUAGAGUGACCAUUGGUACAUCCUCAAGGAUUUUCCAUUUAGGUAAUGCAUCACCUUUAGUCUUUGGAUUGGAAGAGUUUCGUAUUGGUGAUGAUGGAAAGCUGAUUGCAAAGGAACCUGUUACCAUCAAAUCCAAGUCUCUCAAUUGGCAGAAGCUGGAUCCAUCAGAUCACCUCUACAUCCCAGAGAAAAAGGCACAAACAUCAGAAGAUUAGAUCAAGUAGUUUAGCGUAACUUCAGCACUUUGAUAUUGAACCAAAUUUACACUGUAGACGUCAGUUUGAAUUUAGGCUAAAAAGCUUAUUCGGUUUUUAUGGUGAAAUUUUAGGUAUGCCAUGCCGCACGCUACGUAGCAAUUUCAUCGGAGAACAAAUUUUACACUAAGUAAUUUAUUUUUAUGUUGUGCAAGAAUGCAUGUUGUGUUUAGGAGUUUUUGCCGAGAAUUAGGUAAAAAUGUGCACAUAUCUUAUUUCCGUUUUGUAUAUUUUAUUUUAUAUUUCGAGGACGUUUUAUUUUUCUAAAUAUUUGGUAUAAAAUAUAAAAUGACUUUUUUGUGCUAAUAUUAAAAGAUGGAUUCUACUAUAAAAUUCAGCAAUUGAUGCCAAGGUUCCAUGGUGUAAUGGUUAGCACUCUGGACUUUGAAUCCAGCGAUCCGAGUUCAAAUCUCGGUGGAACCUGGCAGAACUUUUUUUAAUUCUUUGACAGAAAAAAAUAGAACUAUUUUUGCUUUUAAAUAAUUUCGUUUAUAAACAUAAUCGUGAAAGUAGUUUUUUUUUAAUUAGAAAUUAGAAUUGCAAAUCCCAAUUUCGCUUUGCGACCAUACAUUUUCUAUCUUUCGUCAUUUAGUCAUAACUACGCUUAUCAUUUAAUUUACAUAAUGUUUAUUAAAAUUUGUGAUUAACAUGAAUGUUGAAUAUUAAAUUAGAAAUAGAAAUAAAUAUAUACAUUUAGAAAUACAGUUACCUUUAACACAAGAAGAUACCAAACAGAAUUUGUUGAACAUUUAUAAAAAAAUAAAUGCCUAUUAUUGACAGCAAUUUUAUGCGAUAUUUGACAUUCCAAAAGCUAUGUAACUGUUUUUCGGUUUUCACACGCAGGUCUGUGAUUAUUUAUAUGUUUGUAUUAUUAUACCAGUAUUUUAAAAGCAAUUUUUAAGAGUAUGAAUGUGUUUUAAGCCUUUUUUGUGUUUUUAGUUGUUUAGUGACCGUGACUGACAAUGUUACUACAAAAUUGUAAUGUAUACUCUUAUUUUAAGUCAAUUGAUUUUAAUUAAGAUUUAUGUACUUAAUUUUUUUAGUCUAUUUCACGCUCUCAGGCAUUUUAAGAUUUUGGUGUAAAAUCAAAAAUAAAAUACAUAGAAUCA